GCCGAUGCCGACGCCAAUGCCGACGCCGACGCCGACGACGACGACAAACCAGACGCGCCGAGUGGGCCGCAUGCGCGAAGGGCAGCGCGGGCGCUCGAGGCGCGCCAGGGGCGCAUGUGCGCGCCAGGUGGCGCCGCGCGCGCGAAGCACACCGCACGGCGCCAGGUGCGCAAGCUGCGCCGAAGGCGCCAGAAGCGCCAGGACCACGCAAGAAACGCGUGCGAGUCAACCUUCAGAGAAGCAGAGAGAGAGAGAGAGAAGAGAGAGAGAGAGAGAGUCCACUCUGUACAACUGGACUUCAAAGAGACACGCCCGCUUAAAUGUGAGAUCGGCCUGCGACUCGCAAGCAACGGGCCUGGACAGAACAAUCCAUUCUACGGUCAAGAGCAUGGACGGGAAGGGGAGGAUGACAAGGUAGAAACACACGAAGCAGGAAGGCGUUGUGGGCAGAUUGGGUUCCGUCCGCCCACUGAGAGUCGUAGGCGACGCUGCGGCCGAGGCGCAGCCGCGAGGCAGCACGGCGCCGCCGCGCGCUCAGGCGACCCCGGAGAGCUGGACGUGGCGGGCGCCGCGCUCGUGGAGCUCCGCCGGGCCGGGGCCGCCCUCGC